AUUUUUUAUUUGUGAUAAAGGUGUACGAGUAAACCUUUUCUCAAGCGCCAUCCGAAAAGAGUGCAAUAAGAUUCAAUUUUAUUUUAUUUUAUUUUUUCUAACAUUUAUAACUGCAAUUAACAUCUGCUUGGGAGCUUUGUUAUCGUUCUCUUUAAGGGGGCAUUUUACAAUAUUUUGCGUUCAUUCAAUAAAAUGAUAAAAUAAAAUUAUAUUUUUGCAAUUCAAUACAAAAUACUCGUAAAAUGAUAAAAAAAAAACACUUGAACAAAAAGUCCGCACCACCAAAUAUAAAGCAUUUAUGAACCUUUGGAGGGGGCUGUAAAUAUAAAUACCUUCCCAAGGAAAGCUUUAUUAUAUUACGAAUAGCAUACAUAUAAAUUUUGGUCAAAACAUUUAAAUAACAAUGGAUGACUUAAAAUACCCAUUUCAGUACAUUUUCAACAGUUAAACAAACAAAAUGAAAAAAUACUUAUUACCAAUAUUUUUUGUAAUCAUCUGUGGACUUAUUAAAAGAUGUUCAAUGAUUCCUAUUGACUCCGAUGAGUCUUUAGAUGAAGUUUGGUCAAUUCCACAAUAUGACGGAACUAUACGCCAGAUGACGGAACAACAAGCUUUUAGGCAAGCUAUGCUAACAGAACCCGAACACUUAGGUUCGACAAACUCGGAUAAGGUUCGUUUCUAUUUAUAUACCCAAGCAAAUCCAACCGAACCACUUGAAUUGGAUAUGGAUAAUUUGGAAACCUUGUAUCGAUCAACAUUUAAUUUUGAAAAUCCUGCCAGGUGAGUUUCUUUGGUUUUAAUCUAAGUACAGAUAAAAUAGGCAUUUAAAAAAAAUUGUUACCCUCAUGAAACUUUGCAAAAAGUUUUCUUUUGCGAUAAGAACUAAGGAUACAAAAAAUUGGGUGGAAGGUUGUUUUUUCGCGGAAAAGAAGGAGGGUCAAAGGUCAAAAAUUUUGAAAAAAAUUGUUUGUUGAAUAUAAAGAUAUGACACAUGUUUUUAAGGUAUUUUUUGAUGCUGAACCUAAUGACAUAAUAUUUAAGUCAAUACGAUUGGUCUAAAAAAAAAGUUAUUGCCAAUUCAUUUUAUUUUUUAUUUCAAUGACAAAUUGAACGUUUAUACUUAAGUUCUUAGACUUUAUACACAAAUCAUUGGCUUUUUGGGCCCAGUUACAGAUUUUACUGUACCUUCGAAA